CACAAAUCAUAGAAAAUUUCCUGUGAAUAAAUUAACUUAUAUAUUCCGAAUAUGCCAUAAAUAAUAUCGGUACAGAUAGUCUCAUGGUACUAUCAAACAACGUUUGCGACGUUUACGCAGUUUGAGGACGCAGUGCACUAGCGGAGGCUAUCGACCUUCUGACGGUUACUUGAGAUAACUGUUAUGUUGAUGAAAAUAACUUGAAGCACAAAGCACGCAGGGCGGCAGGCGACACGGUUCAUCCAGUUGCGCAAGUUCGCGGGACUAGACCGGAGCGAAGUCACCAAAGAACAUACAUUCAGAUAUUGUUUAAGCUUAUAUAUUAUUAUAUUAUAUACAAAAUGUUUAUUUGGUACCUUCUUUCUCCACUCUUUUGGGUUUGCGUAAAAUCGUCAAUCUUUGAUCAACGACAAACAGGUGAUUUAAAUGUACAGGUUGACCUUAAGGAUGUGCGAAUAUUUGCUCUUAUGAAAGGGGACAAAGAAGAAUAUGUGGACUAUGAUUAUGCGUAUGAUUAUUCGGAAUUAACAAUAAAACCACAAAAUCGAACAACGCCGAAACCAUUUAACGGUACGAUGCUAUCUACAGAACAAACGGUUGCGAUAAAUGAUUCAGCGGUUGGUUCAACAUUGCUAGAGAAAAAUACAACGGCGUCUGAGGAUUUUUUUACCGUCACAACGAGUCCCACAGAUUUUAAAACAACAAAUACGCAUUCCGGAAACAUAAGUAACUUUAAUUCAGAGAUUAAUGUAACGAUUAAACCGUCCGCUAACUCAACAAUAAAAAAUUGCAAAAGAGGUUUUAUAUUGAAUCAGCGAGGCGACUGUCAAAUUAAACUUAAUAGUACAGGAAAUGCGUUAAUGAAGUUGGUAAAAUUGUCCCAAAAAUUAAAGUUAAGAAGAGAAAAUAAGAGUUAUAACAGUCCUUAAUUAUUAUAUGAAAUAAUUAUUUGAA